AUGGAUGAUUGGAUAUUGCGCCGGCAUAAGUUUGGAUGUGAGGAAUAUAAACUACCUUACGGUAAAGAUGUAACUAUAGGUAGAGGAACAAAUAAUAUUAUUGCAAUUGUAAGCAUAGUAAUAUCAAGAAACCAUUGUGUUAUUAAAGUAAAGGAAAAUGAAAUUACAAUAACAGACUUGCAGAGUUCUAACGGGGUCUAUAUAGGUUUAAAACGCAUACCACCAAAUGUUCCACACAGUAUCACUGCUAAUGAUAUUAUUGGCAUUGGUUGGGCAGAAGGUGCCCAAUUAGGGUAUAUUAAGGACAGUGAGAAACAUGUUUUCAAGUUGCUUAGAGUAAACAAUAAACCCAUUAUAAAUAGACUUCAGUUUCAAAGUGAAGAUGAAAGUGACAUUGAAAAACUCUUAUUAAAAAGGAACAUAAGUCCUCUUAUAGACAUUGUUAAAUGUGAAAAUGUAUCUAAUGAUGGUCUAAAUGCUGAAGAACCUGAUAGUGUUGUUUGUAUAUCAGACAGUGAUACUGAUGAAAGAACAUGUGAUGAUUUGAUUAUAAAACAAAAAUUGGAUAUUGUAAAACAGGAAAUUCUGGUUGAAGAUGAGAUUGAUGAAGCAUUUGCUAUAAAACAGGAAUACUUAGAUGCAAUAGAUGAACCUAUACUAGUAGACAGUGACAGUGAUAGUGAGUCCGAGCAUUGGUAUAAAAGACUUUCCCAAUGUUCACCAGGAAAGCCCCUAAUUAAGGGCUCUAAUAUACCAAGUAAACAAAAGAAUUUAAGUCCAAAAGAUGUGUCUAAUUCAUAUAGUCAAUUAGACAAUUUAGACGAUGAUGCAGAUAUACAUUUUGAGGACUUAAUCAGUUUGGUUCCACCACCUUAUUUAGAACAAGGUUCUGAAUUAAAUCACCAACAGCUGGAUAAUACGAAAAUUAAUAAGGCACUUGAUAAGACUUAUGGAGCUGACAACUUACCAUGCAAGGCAUCAGUACCAAUUGAAAUUGAUGAUGCUGAUACAAAUGUAACCCACAACUCAUCAAUUAGGGAACCAGAACUUAUUGAGAUUGAUGACAUCGAUAAUAAUGUAGUUAGCAACUUACCACCAACGGCACAUCCAGUAAUCAUUGAGGUUGAUGACACCGAUAGUAGUACUAAGAAAAAUGAUGACAUCAUCAAAUUGCCUACAAGCAAUGUGCCAAACAAAAUUGUAAUAAUUGAACCUCUGCCCAAACCAACAAAAUUGAAGUCACAAUCUUUAGCUAACAGAAAAUCUAAAAAAGGUAGUCAUUGCAGUCCAACAAAAGAAACUUCAAAGAAACAUAGGAGCAAUAAACAUAGAGAAGAGCGUAAAAAGCAGCUUAAAGAAAUUGCAAAUAAAAAUAAAGAAAUUAUAACUACUAGUGAUUCUACUUCCAAUGCCAAAAGUGUACCAAACGUUAAAGUUACUAAUAAGAAUCGUGGAGAAUUUUUAAGUAAUUCAGUUGAAACUACUGUAAAACCAACUACGAGUUUUGAUAAAAGAAAGAAAGAUGAAAAUAAAUUGUCAAGUAAUGUUAACCAAAAGAGCAAUAAAGGAACGAAUAAUAACGAGAACAAGAGAAGCAGCGUAGCGGAGGAAAAGAACCCAACGAGAAAAAGUAAUAAAGAUAGAAAACGAAAAUCAGAAUCUUCAAAAGAUAAUUUUAAAAUAUCUUUUGAUCAUACUGCUAAAAAAGUAAAAUUGGCAGAAAUAAGUAAUGACAAUUCUAUUAAGUCUAUAAUGAUAAACACAGUGGCACAAGCUGCAGUACCAAUAAAAGCUAUUAGGCCUUUAAUGGAUAUAGAUUUACGUUUUGGUGGCAAACCAGUAUCUACAGUAGGACCACUGCGACAAAAGAAAUCUGUAAGAUUUUCUUCUGCUCCACCAGAAGUUCGUAUAUUUGAGAUUGAACCAGGAAAUAGGUUGCAAGAAACAAAAUUAGUUGAAGCGACUUUGUUGGAUUCACGAAGGAUGCCUAAAUUUUCAUUAGAAAGAGCUUCCUUAAUGAAAAUUUUAAGGUGGAAUCCACAUUGGCUUAAUGAGCAAAAUACUAAUGCUGAACCACCACCAAUAUUGGGUCACAAUAAUGUGCCCUUAGCGAAAUUUCAAUCUUACAAUAAGCAUACACAAUAUGUACAAUUAAUUGGUGAUCUCCUUCUCAUGGAAAUAUGGGAGUAUAUAACAAAAGGAUACGCAAAUGCACAAAUCAAUCCUAAGAUAUUACAAAUGAGGGUAGAAAACCUACCUCCCGUGCCGCAAUCAGAACAAUGCUAUCAACUAUUUAAUCUUAGUGUUAACUUGUCAAUGCCGACUAAGGAGAUUAAAUGUGCCCCCCGAAUAGGAGAUAUGUUAUUAAUUGAAUUUGGAUCAGAACAUCCGAAAAGUUGUAGAUUCUUUUAUGUUUAUAAUAUCACAACUCUUCCAUCUCCAGCGAACAAUAGAAAUACAUUUUUCAGUAUUUCAUUGUGUACAACGCUCACUGAAAAAGUUAGGUAUUUAAAAACGGGUGAAUUAAUGAUCGGACAAAAAGUGGCAUAUUUGCGUACUGUGCUGAUGUUGUUCGAAGCUAUCGAGUAUCUGUCGGUUUCACCCCUUAGAGAUGCUAUCCUUAAACCUGAGCCGAAACAUUUUCUUGGAUACGAGAACGAUCCUGUUAUUAAAAUGGAUUGUAAGUGGGCUAUGACUUUAAACGAGAGCCAGAAAAGGGCUGUCGGUGCAUCUGUGUCGGCCGCGCUCGGUGACCGACCCAGAAUACAGAUGGUACAAGGACCGCCUGGAACUGGGAAAUCCAGCGUUAUAUGCUCCAUCGUCAUGACGUACUUCUAUGACGCCAACGGCAGGAAGCAGCAAAAUCGGGGGAAGAUUUUAAUCUGCGCGACGAGUAACGCUGCCAUUGAUGAACUGGUCAUUCGAUUACUUGCUAUUCGCCAAGACUUACCGAAACCGGACAGGUUCAAAAUGGUUCGGGUUGGACGAGAAGAAGCGAUGCAAGGGCGGGCGCGUGACGUCAGCUCGCAACAGUUAGCACUUCGUGAUACUGCAAGACUUCACAAUGAACCACAAAAUGCUGUGAUAGCGGAACAGAUUUCAGGUCUGGUGGCUAAAAAAAACAUGUGGGAGGAGGGAAUACGCGUCGAGACAGACCCUGUCAGGUUGGCUUAUUGUAAAAGUCGAAUAGCACAGAUUAAAGAAAGAAUAGCAAUGCUGAGCAAUGGCGGCGGUGGUGGUGGUGGGAAGGAAGUUCGGCAGGACCGUCUUACAGCAGCCGAGAAACGAAUCAUCGAUUGUGCAGACAUCAUAGCCACCACACUCUCCAGUGCUCAGAGCUUCAAAAUGCAUGGGAUAAAAGGCCGAGUAGCUUUGUGUAUAGUUGACGAAGCGGGACAAGUAAUUGAACCCGAGACUUUAGUGCCGCUGACGCUCAACGUAACACGUCUUACGCUAGUCGGUGAUCCACAACAGCUCACCGGAUACUUAUCUUCCCAGCGAGCGAGGAAACAUGGCUUAGACGAGAGUCUCUUUGCACGUUUGACCGCAAACACAGAGUUGUGGGAGCAAAGCCCUGUGCUGCUGCUGAACCAACAGUACCGUAUGCACCCGGAGAUAGCGGAUUACCCGAACCGCGCUUUCUACGGUGGCGUUAUCCAAACAGUCCCAAAGGCAAGCGUAGACCUUGACAUCCCGCCGUAUGGCAUCGUAGGCGUCUACAGUGGGGAUAAGGCGCAAGAGAAAUCGGGUGCCAAUGAUAUGGAGGCCUGUGCGGUGUCCCGUUUGGCGAUGGUCUUGUACAAGAUGACGAAGUCGCGCAAUCUUACCUUCGCUGUCAUCACGCCCUACACCGCCAACCGUGAACUUAUUAGGAAAUACCUGCGACACGACGCAAUGGAGAGCCUUAUCGAGGUGAACACAGUGGACAGUUUCCAAGGGCAGGAGCGCGACGUAGUUCUUGUAUCAGUGGCCCGAAGUCAGGGCAUGGGCUUCUUAUCAGAUGCUGGCCGCAUGAACGUCAUGCUUACACGCGCACGUCAUUCACUGCUUAUCUUCAUUAAUCCACACGCUGCCAUGAAAAACGAUCAAUGGCGGACUUUAGUAGAAGACGCGCGAAAAAGAAAGCUUUACACAACUCUACCGCACAGACUGUGUCGACCACCUAGUGGCUGGAACGACAAGGAAUCGGAUGACAUUUUGGUACACAUUAAGUCGAAAAUUAAAAGGAAAUGA